UAUAAGACUGCCACAGCGGUUGCAGAGAGAAGGAGAUCACUACAGACGGACAGAGGAACACAAGAAGCGUCUUUGAUAUAGCUGAUCAUUUCUCUUGCGUGAGCAUGUCUGCUGCUGUGACUCUAGCGCUGCUGUUCUUCUUCUCUGUGGCACUGAAGGAGGUCAAGGGCUGCAGCUGUGCUCCAGGACACCCGCAGCAGCUCUUCUGCAUGUCUGACAUAGUGAUGCAAGCCGAGGUAACUGGGGAGAAGAUCAUACACAGCGGUGGAAUUAUACCUGGCAUGGGAAAAAUUCAAUAUAAAAUCCAAGUGAUAGAGGUGUUCAAGGGUUUUGACAGAAUAAAUGAAAUUCAGCAUGUCUAUACGCAUGAGAUGUCUUCAAUGUGUGGGACCAAACUGGGCCGUGGACAGUAUCUGCUUUCAGGAAGCAUCACACCUGAGGGAUUCUUCGUGUCAAUGUGCGACUAUCUUGAGCUCUGGAACAAACUCUCCUUAAUGCAAAAAGAGAACCUCAAAUACAGAUAUCUGAUGGGCUGUACCUGCAUGAUCUCUACCUGCAUUGAAAAGCCCUGUCAACCCAGCACCAAAAAUGAGUGUAUACUGACAGACUGGUCAUACUUAUGGCCAUUUGAGGACGGAAAAUCGGUUCAUGAGUCUGCCUGCAUCAGACACAGCGAUGGCUCCUGCGGCUGGUAUGAAGGAACUGGCAAACCUUCUGAGAAUGACACCAUGAACGUGUCUGAAGUCUGACGGCCGAGAGCAGG